GGUGGUUUCCUUAGAGACGGAGUCGGCCCAGGUGGCGGCCACCAAGAGACCAGCACGGUGAGACUCCUGGAGAAGUCAAAAUGCCUGCAAAGGACAAGAGGAAAGGCAAGAACAAAGACAAAGAACCAAAGAAAGUAGUCAAAGUAGAAGACCAUGUAGUUGACCGAGCCAAAGCCAAUGCCUCUCUUUGGGAGGCCAGACUAGAAGUCACAGAACUCUCUAGAAUUGAGUAUCGUGAUACUUCCCGAAGACUGGCAAAAAAUAAUGAAGACUUAAAGAAGCAGCAGUAUAAACUGGAAAAAGACACUAUGUCUGUAUUAAGCUACCUGAAGAAGCAGGAUCAGGAGAAAGAUAAUAUGAUAGAAAAACUGAAGCAGCAGUUGGCUGAAACAAAGGAAAAAGCCAAGGAAGAGAAGGAAAAAUUGGAACAAAAGUAUUCUAUGCAAGUUAGUGAGCUGGAGGGACAGUUUCAUCAAAAAGCCAAGGAAAUUGGCAUGAUUCAGACAGAGCUAAAGACAAUAAAACAAUUCCAGAAGAGAAAAAUACAAGUGGAAAAAGAAUUAGAAGAUCCGCUACCCGGCUGGCUGGCGCAUGCGCUGUGACGUUCCCGGGCCCUCGCAGCUCAGCAGUGACGUGGCCGUGCUUAGCAGUGACGCAGCAGCCCGCGCCAUCCUUCAAGCCGCAGCUACCACCAGCCGUUUCGGCGCUUCAGAGUCGAAGAUGGCAGAACAAGUUACUCAGGAAAAGUCGGAGGACCAGGUGUGCACCUUCCUCUUCAAAAAGCCUGGGCGGAAAGGAAGUGCUGGCCGCCGGAAGCGGCCGGCUUGCGACCCGGACUCUGGGGAAAGCGGAAGCAGCAGCGACGAAGGCUGCACGGUUGUGCGACCGGAGAAGAAGCGGGCGGCCCACAAUCCAAUGAUCCAGAAGACGAGUGGCAGCGGUAAACAGAAGGGGGCCUACUGUGAUCUGAGCAGCGAAGAGGAGGAGAAGGCGGCGAAUGAGAGUCUGGGCGUCGUCUACAAGUCCACGCGCUCGGCGAAACCGGUGGGGCCCGAGGAUAUGGGGGCCACAGCCGUGUAUGAGCUGGACACAGAGAAGGAGCGAGACGCACAGGCCAUUUUUGAACGCAGUCAGAAAAUCCAGGAGGAGCUGAGAGGCAAGGAGGAUGACAAAAUCUAUCGUGGAAUUAAUAAUUACCAGAAAUACAUGAAGCCCAAGGACACGUCCAUGGGCAAUGCCUCCUCCGGGAUGGUGAGAAAGGGCCCCAUCCGAGCCCCUGAACAUCUACGUGCCACCGUGCGCUGGGAUUACCAGCCUGACAUCUGUAAGGACUACAAGGAAACUGGCUUCUGUGGCUUUGGCGACAGCUGCAAAUUCCUCCAUGACCGUUCAGAUUACAAGCACGGAUGGCAGAUAGAACGUGAGCUCGAUGAGGGCCGUUACGGUGUGUAUGAAGACGAAAACUAUGAAAUAGAAAGUGAUGAUGAGGAAAUACCAUUCAAAUGUUUCAUCUGUCGCCAAACCUUCCAGAAUCCGGUUGUCACCAAGUGUAAACAUUAUUUCUGUGAGACCUGUGCAUUGCAGCAUUUCCGAACCACUCCACGAUGCUAUGUUUGUGAGCAACAGACCCACGGGGUUUUCAAUCCUGCAAAAGAACUUAUUGCUAAACUGGAGAAGUAUCGAAAAGCAGAGGGUGGUGCUUCUAACACCUCAGAAGACCCCGAUGGAAUCUAAUUGCCGUUACUUAGAUUUUCCAUAAUUGUCAAAUCUCAAAGUACUCUUUGUUUUUGUCAUCUCAAGCCAAAGAACUAUAAUUGAAAAAAUACUAAGUUUUCUAGGAAGAAUAGCCAAGUUUUGUUUUAUAUGACAGUGCUGGAGAUGGAAUCAAUAACAGUUAACUUACAGAACUCUUAGGCUUCUUGCCCAUCCUGUUUAUAGUUAUACAUUCUGAAUCUAAAUAAAGAACUAGUUCAUACUCUA